AUGGGCGACUUUGAUGACAGUUGUUUGGGGGAUGGAUCCUCAGGCAACCCCAGAAGCUCAUUAGGUGACGCCAGAGGCUCCUUAGGCGAAGCUACCACAUUGCGCGUUGAGAACAAGGGGACAUUAGGUGGCGGAGAGUAUCGAAGGCACCCUGGAUGGAACCACAGUCAGUCAAGACGGAAUGAUUGGGGAGGCAAAGGAGGCCAAGAGGGCGAUGCCUAUGCGAUUGUUGGCGACGUCAUGGGAGGCCAAGAGGGCGGAAUCCAUGGCACGAGGGAUGACACUAUAGUAGCUAGAG